AGCACUUGACAGUUAGUCGUGACGUGUUUAUCACCGAACUAACUUGUUUUUUGAAUUAGUUAGCAGAAAUAAUUAUUGCUUAUUCUUAUUUUAUCACAAAAUCGAUAACGCGUUCUAUCACGUACUUCCACGUAUAUUUGCAUAGACAGGUAAAUUGAUUUUCCAUCCAUUUGGCACGCUUCUCCGCCACACUGAUACGUGGUAACACAUUUCAUAAUUCUGAAAUAAGUUUACGCUUUUUAACGUUGGUAAAUUAAAUAAACUGUUCUAUCGGCGGUUUCGAAUAAGUGCUAAGUGUGUCCGUGAAUUAUUUUUAGGCAGAAAAAUGUGGCGGUUUCUUAUAUUGUCGGCGUUAUUUCAAAUAACUAUAUCGCAGCAAUAUCAACAGAAAGUCGCUCCCGGUGUCCCGCCACAGAAUUACCAGAACUAUCAACCGCCGCCCCCGCCCCCUUCGCCGCAACAGCAACAAUAUGCGCCGCCGCCCCAACAACAAUACCAACAACAGGUCCCCGUGCAACAGAUGCCCGUGCAACAACAGGUGCCCGUGCAGCAGGUUAACGUGCAACCACCUCACGGUCACGGGCACGACCCCAAGUUGUUGAACGCUGCUAAUAUCGCACAAGAGAGGGACCACAUACAAGAGCACAUGGAGGUGCCGAUAGACACGUCGAAGAUGUCGGAGCAGGAAUUGCAAUUCCACUAUUUCAAAAUGCACGACGCCGAUAACAACAACAAAUUGGAUGGAUGCGAGCUUAUCAAGUCGUUGAUACAUUGGCAUGAACAAGGACAUAAGCAGCAGCCGCAGCAAGGCCAGCCGCCGGUGGGCGAGAAAAUAUUCAAAGACGACGAACUAACUAAUCUAAUCGACCCCAUAUUAAAUAUGGACGAUCAUAAUCGAGACGGUUUCAUAGACUAUCCAGAGUUCGUUCGCGCGCAGCAAAAGAACCAGAGAGAAGGACAAUAGUAGAUCUCUUUAAAAAGAAAAUAGACUUUAUACGUUGGCAACAUUCAUAGUGUUAACAUCAAGAUGUAUUAUUUCUCCUCUCUUAUUUUUAAUGUUGCCAUAGAAACUCCACUUUUAAAUUAACGAUGCUCAAAUAAAAUCUUUCUCAAAUUUUGUUUUAGAAUCAAUGAGAAUGUCUAAAGGAGGUCCUUGUUAUCUCGAAUUUAAAAAAAUUGAAUUAUAUUACUGAAUGUUCUUUGUUAUACAAUUAUACUAUCUGUGAUGGACUAUAGUGAAUCAACAUAAUAUACAUACUGGGUUAUGAAAUAAGUGUCUAUUAUAAUAUCUAGUACAAAAUAAUUGGACUAUUUGCGACUUGCGAGUGAUUUUUAAACUUUUAUUCGUGUAAUCUUUAAAGUUUCUUCAUCAAUGCUGUUUUUAUUAGUUUUGAAUUUCUGUCUAUGUAAAGUGUGUAUAUAUAUUGAAGGAAAUAACGUUUUUUUUUUAAGAAUUCUCCCGCCUAAAUACACAGAUCAUAGUGAUGCUGUGAUAUUUAGACGGCCGAAAAGAGAUGCAAUAUAAAUGGCAAGUGAUAGAGCGAGAGGGCAUGUAUUUCGAAAUAUGAACUUGAAUGUUGAAAUUUAUUUUCUCUACUUAAAUUAACAGUAUUUCUUUAUAUAUUUUUUCGGUUAAGUUGGUGUCGAAAUUAAUAUUUAGUUAAAUUAACAUUCCGGCCAUUUUUAAUUGUAAAAUCAUUGUCAUGUAUCAUUGUUAUUUUAUGUACGGCGGUUUAAAAAGACAAAAUAAAAAAAAAGUGUGCAGAGUCCCGCCAUUUCUAUGGAUUGUUAAUGUCAAGUAUGGGCGCCAUUUGUUUAAUGCUGUUGCCACAUAGAAAAUUUGUUUAUAUAUUUUUUUAAGUAUCAACUAUAGACAUAAAUACAGGUCAUACUUUUUUGGUUUGGUUAAAAUUUCGACAAUUUUAGACAUAAUAAUCUCUAAAUACAAAUCAUUGUAAUCUUUAUAAUGUAAAACACAAAAAACAAUAUUUAUAUGUAUAUUGAUCUGGUUUUUUUUUUAGAUGGCAUUCGUCUAUGUCUAUGGUUGAUAUUACAUAGAUAAUAAAUAUUGUGGGCAUGUCAUCAAUAUUAUGUGUCAUUUUAUGUUUGUCUGUGUAAAUGGUGGUGUAUGGAUUGUUGAUGGUUAAUUAAAUUUUAUAUAUUUAA